AUGGGUAGAAGGAACUCCACCAAUGUGGCUGACUUCAUCCUCAUGGGGCUGACGGACUCUGCAGAGACACAGCUGGUCCUCUCCGUGCUCUUCCUCCUGAUUUACCUGAUCACGGUGCUGGGGAACUCAGGGAUGAUAUUGAUCAUUCGCCUGGAUAACCAACUGCACACCUCCAUGUACUUUUUUCUCACUCACCUGUCAUUUCUCGACCUCAGCUACUCAAGUGUCAUCACCCCUAAAACCUUACAGAACUUACUGACUUCCACCAAGAGCAUCUCCUUCCUGGGCUGUUUCAACCAAAUGUUCUUUUUUCUAUUCUUUGGAGGCACUGAAUGUUUGGUUCUCUCCUCCAUGGCCUAUGAUCGCUAUGUAGCUAUCUGCCACCCCCUGCACUAUCCAGUCAUUAUGUCCACAAAGCUGUGCUGGUCCUUGCUCAAUGGCUCCUAUGUUAUUGGCUUUGUGGAUUCCAUUGUCAAUGUGCUUUGUAUAAGCAGAUUAGAUUUCUGCAAGUCUAACAUCCUCCAGCACUUCUUCUGUGACACAUCCCCCAUUUUAGCCCUGUCCUGCGGUGACACUUCUGAAGUUGAAAUCUUUAUAUUCAUUACUGGUGGAUCCACCCUAGUGCUGUCCCUCAUCACCAUAUCUGGAUCCUAUCUGUCCAUCCUCUCCACUAUCCUAAAAUGUAAUUCUGCUGCAGGAAAGAGAAAAGCCUUCUCCACCUGUGCCUCUCACCUCCUGGGAGUCACCAUCUUCUACAGCACUUCGAUCUUUACUUACUUAAAACCAAAGACGUCCUACUCCUUGGGCAGGGAUCAGGUGGCUUCUGUGUUUUACACGAUUGUGGUCCCCAUGCUGAACCCCCUCAUCUACAGUCUCAGAAACAAAGAGGUGAAAAAUGCUGUUGUUAGAAUCCUGCAGAAGAGAGAGGGCUGCAGGCAGUUAAAAUAUUAG